AUGGAUCAAGAUAGCUCGACGCAGGCCGCGAAGCGAAAGCGGGGAGACGAGGCUUUCCUGGCUCCGCAGACGGCCGAGAACGGGGUCCUAGAUGGCGUGGACCUCUCCCUCCUUGAGGCUGUGGAGAAAUCACACAACGGCGGCAUCGAGGUUCUCGAUCUCCGGACGAUGAAGAAGUUCGUCCUCUCCUUCGAGCGGCGCCUCCGAGACAACCUCGAGUCUCGGAUGAAGUUCCCCGACCAGCCGGAUAAGUUCGCGGAGUCGGAGGUCGAGCUUCACAACGAGAUCGAGCGUCUUAAGAUCCUGGCGGGUGGUCCCGAGCUGUACCCGGACCUUGUCUCCCUCAACACUAUCCCUUCCAUUGUUGGGCUCCUUGGCCAUGAGAACACUGACAUUGCUGUGGAUGUUGUCGGCCUCCUUAUGGACCUUACCGACGAGGAUGUCCUGGAGGACAAUGACGACCCCGCGCGGGUCCUUGUUGACGCCCUGGUGGAGAACAAUGUCCUUGAGCUGCUUGUCCAGAAUAUCGGGCGUCUGUCGGAGAGCGAUCCUGAUGAGGCCACUGCCAUCUACAACACCCUUGCAACGAUUGAGAACAUCAUUGAGGUGAAACCUGCUGUGGCAGAGAUGGUCUGUGAACGCACUAAGCUUCUGAGGUGGCUCAUGGGAAGGAUCAAAGUGCGCGAGUUCGAUGCCAACAAGCAAUAUGCCUCAGAAAUUUUGGCUAUUCUUCUUCAGAACAGUUCGGCAAACCAGAAGAGGUUGGGUCAGAUGAAUGGCGUGGACGCUAUGCUGCAGGCUGUUGCUAUGUACAAAUCAAGGGACCCAAAGACCUCAGAGGAGGGAGAGAUGCUGGAGAACCUCUUUGAUUGCUUGUGCUGCUUGCUUAUGCCGGUUGAGAACAAAGAGAGGUUUGUCAAAUCUGAGGGUGUGGAGUUGAUGAUUAUCAUAAUGAAGCAAAAGAAGUCGGCUUAUGGCUCGGCUAUCAAGGUGCUUGAUUUUGCAAUGACGAAGUAUCCCCAAGUUUGUGAGCGGUUUGUUGACGUCUUGGGCCUGAAGACAGUCUUUGCUGCAUUCAUGGGUAAGGCAAGUCCUUAACUACUUUAAUUUGUGCUACAUGAAGCAUCAAUUUUCUUCGGCAUUCAUUAGUUUCCAGUGCUUUGUGCAUUUUUUCCCAUGUAUUGCUUCUGGUUCAACGUAUGUCUCUUUACUUAAUUUCUGGAGGAUCCCGAGGUAAAACCUUUUGUUAGGUGCCUUAUAGCAGCAUCAUGGCUUCCAGAUAUAACUUAAGAAAUCUGAAACCUACUCUGAUCUGCUCAAAUGCGACCUCUGCUUUUCCCUGAAGGGAUCAAAGUAAUAGUCGGAAUGAAAACUGUGUCAUUUUCAUUGGUAGGACGUGAAACCAAGAUAAAUACCCACUGUGAAAUUUUCUGACUGAACAAAUCAGGAUAAGUUCCAUAUUCUAAUCUGAUAAAGGUUCUGUAGGGUACAUAAAGCCGAUUUCAUGUUAACUCGGUUACUAAUGAGCUUUCUCGGUCUUUUCUAUUUGCUUAUGUGAUUAUACAGUUGGUUUUUGGGUGACUUAAGGAUAUGUGGUUGUCUGUUUCUUUGGGACCUUAUUAAAAUUUUAUGUCAUAAGUAGUCAAGAUUGCUUGGAAGAAACUAGUGUGAGGGUCUAAGGCUCUCUAUUAGCCUAUCUCGUCUUUUGAGUUUACCAAGGCAUUAGCUGGGAUAGCUGCGCUUAUCCUGUGUACACCGUCCUGUCUCAUUGAUGUUUGAAGUUAUUAAUGGGAGGCACAUGCUAUACAUGAAGAUCUCAGUUUGGGCUUGGUUUUCUGCUGGACAGGUGGUAUCAAAGUUACUUUAGCCUAUUAACUGGUCUUCAAUUUCGUCUACUUAUAGAUCGCAUGAAUGCAUGCUUCUAAGGCCAUUAAGUUGGAGUGCAGUACCUUGAUGAAGUGGAACGCAGUUUGUGGCUAAACUGGACGUCCUUUUUUUCUGAUGAAAUGUUUCUAUGUCCUGCUAACGUAUCAUUUCUCUGCGAAAUUUAAGUUCGAUCAUUACCUGUUAUUGUCCCUGUUGGCAGAAAGAUUAAGGCCCAUAUGAAGUAAACGGACUACUUUCGCAUCCAAUGUUCCAACGGGAGCGUUCAUUUCCUAUUUGUGACUCCAAAUUCCAGCGAUUUGUGUUUUAUCAAAGUUGAUGUGCAGGCUUAUAACCAUUUCUAAUGCUAACAUCCGCUUUAAUGGUUGAGUUUUUCUGAUCUAAUUUACUGUCAUCCUAAUCUGUUGAAUAAAUAAAAUAGUUGAUACUCCUGCCUGUCUGGAUCGUCUCAAUCAAUGGUAUAUUUCUCUAUUAUUCCGUAUUGGUCUAGCAUCAUCUCUAUCCUCUCCCUACCUGGCAGGUCUUUCCUUAGACCCCUUAUGUAGCUGUUUUCUUUCCGCAUUGAAUAAGAUUUUGUCCUACUACAAGAAGAGACGUGGGAAUAAGUUGUCUCCUUGUCUCAAUCCGUUUGAACUUGAUACCUUGAAAUAAUCAAUACGUUCCCCAUUUAUAGCAACAGAAAACCUGGGUGUUGAGAUGCAACUCAUCACCUAAUGAUCUGAUCGAUGUCUAAACCAUAUUGUAUUAGUGAUCCCAUCUUCUUUAUUACUUUCAUGAUCAAUCUUACUGAUCACAAGUUCAAUAUCAGUAUCGUGGAAACCAGAUCCUUUUAUAACUACAUUAUUUAUCUCAAUAACAAAUGCGGUCUUCUUUUUUUUUUCUGGAACGCAUUUAGUUGGUUUCUGCAUAUUAAGAAUUCGAGUGUUUAUUAGUUAGUGUUCCAGUACUUCACUUUUUCGUUUUAUCACCCAAAGUUUCGAAAGAUUGUAUGAAAUCUAAUUUAAUUACUCUAACGGUUUUUCUGUGAUUAACUUGUUAGAUCAGAAAAGUUUAUUUUCUGAAUUCUAAUUGAGAUAAAAUUCUUGAAUAUCUCAAUCAUUGCUCCAUGCUUUUUUCUCCUAAAUUGCUGGCUAAUUUCCUCUAUUUCUAUGCUUUAUUGAUAUUAUGUUUAUUCAUGUGCUGAAAAGUUUACCGUUGUUCAUAAUUUUUCUUAUUCCGAUGGUGUAUCCGUGUCACCUUUUUUCUUGUUCUUUUUAUUUUUUUUGCAACGCUUAUUUUUAUUUUGUGUGUUUUGGCUAAUCUUCUAUAUUACAUUGGUGAUGCCAGAUCCCGGUGAACAAGAAGAGCAAGCGGGAGAGAUAUGAAGAAGAGCUAGAAGAGCGUCUUAUCUCGCUCAUAGCUUCCUUAUUUGGUAAGAAGGCAAGUGAAUUCUUUGACUGCAUAUUUGUAUUGUACCGCUUGAUCUGUAAUUCGUGGAAUAACGAUAGCUCUGGAGGAGAUGCGUGCCUUUUCGAUGUGCUUAGUGCUGCUAUAUGUUAGUGUUGUUUUAUGUUUGGGAUGAUUGGCCCUGGCGGGGUGCUAAAUGGCUAAUGUAUUUCAUGAAGUCAGUGGUAUUUCUUCCACUGAUUCUGUAUGCAUACGCAUGCUCGAUUUUUGUUUUCAAGCUGAAAAAUCGCUCUGUGUAAAGCUGGGACGGGAGUGGCAGCCUCAGAAAGUUUAUUUACGAAAUUUCUUCCAUUCGAUUAUAUUUUCUUUCUCAACAUAGCGAAUGGUGCUGAGUAAAACCUGAAGAAGGCGCUGCAGUGUCCACCAAUUCUAAUUUCAUUUGCCACCGCUUUGCAGGUGGCGUAGUGAGAGGCUCUAGACGAGACAGAUUAUUGAGUAAGUUCGUGGAAAAUGAAUAUGAAAAGAUAGAUCGACUCAUGGAAUUUUUUAUCAGGUACAGUGAAAAUGUGUGUCUUUACCUAUGUCGACCUUUUAACCAUCUGCACAAACUUUUGCUUGAUGCUUGUGUUUCUUCAAUCUGAUAGAUUAGCUUGUUCUUCAGAUAUGCAGACCGAGUCAAAGAAGAGUCAGAACGGCUGGAUAAGCUUGACCUGGAUGAUCUAGAGGUUGUGACUCUCUGUAAUAGUAAUUUUGUGGAGGAAACUUAGUGAAAAACUAAACUGAUCUGGUUUUUUUUUAAUCGGGGGUUAUCAGAUGGAUGAAGAGGAGCGCUACAACAGGAAACUGGAAGCUGGUCUUUACACUCUUCAGGUUGGAAUCUCUUAAGUGAUUUCCUAUUUUUGUCCUUCUUACUCCAAAUGAAAGUUUUUAUUUAAAAAAGCAUUGGAACCGUUCAUUUCACGCCAUCCCUGAUCCCCUUCUUUAUUCACAGUUGAUUGCACUUAUGAUGGGUCACCUGUGGUCUUCCGAGUAAGUUCUUCAAUUCAUAUCAUUCUUACAUGUCCUUGCCUUUUUUUUAAUUGGCAUAUGGACAGUUUGAUCGCCGACCUGACUUAACUUUGUGUUCUUGUGGAAGGCAUCCUGGAAUAAGAGCGAGAAUGGAGCUUCUACUCAAACAACAGAAAUUAUCAAGGCAGUACGUCAUAGGUAUUCUCCAGGUAUAAAUCCUCAGGAAACUCGUUCUGACUCAUGUUACUUUUUUUUAUUUACUUUAAUAAAUUCAAGCAAAAUAAAUGACGAGAUUCGCCAUGUUGGUGGGCUUUUGUUUUCAUCGUACGUCAGGGAUUUGACCCCAGUGAUCCCACUCUAUAUAUUGUGAAUGAUUUAAUGCUGAAAGAAAUACCUGUGAGCUCAAAGAUUUUUCUAUUUCAUAGCCCAUUUAUCUCCACAUUUUUUGGUGAUACUUUUCAGAUUGCUUGGGAAAAACUAGGAAAAAUUGCCGCGGCUGUGUUAUGGUUCUUCAAUACAGCCUGACUGGACAGACGCAGGCCUGUGUUACACUUCCUAGGACAUGAUUCAUUUGGCAACCAUUUUUAGUCAGUUUUCUCAUGGUCAAGAUCAAACCAAAUCUCCGAUUUCCUUAGAAACAGGCCAACUCCGUAGGAAUUAACCCAAUUUCAUUGCAAUGAGGAUCAUAUUCAUUGAAGAUGAUGAAUAUGAUAAAAGACGAUGCGGAUUUAAAUACAAAUACGCAUCUGAUGAGAAUGUAGUUCCAGAAACUGUCUACAUGGGGGCUCAGAAUACAUAAGGUUUUCCAUCAAAGUCAACUCUCCCUAAUGGCCCCCAAAUUUGUAGAACUUCUACCAAAAGAGACACAUAUUAUCUGUAAAAUGUCCUUGCUCUAGAUGGGUUCGUCGAAAAUAUGAAUCUAACCUGUCUGAUUUCAUGUUUUUUGACUCUCGAGUCAAAUCUGUGCAUUUGGAGUUGACCAUUUUCCAUGUCUCUGGCCGGCCUGGCAUUCAUUAUAAUUAAUCCCUGCUAGCAGCCAAAUAGCCCGAUACAAGGGGAAGGAUUAGUGAAAACAUAGGGUAAAAAUCUUGGAUUCCCCUCAAAACUACACUUGGUCAAAUAGAAACAUGAAUUCCCCUCUUCGAACGUCACGUCCUUGAAGGUUCUGCCACCCCCCCCCGGGGAUGCAGCGGACCCCAUCUCAUGAUCCCUGGAAACAAAGAUGAUUCUCUACGUCGUUCAGAUGAAAAAUAUGAAUCUUCCUGCCCCCUCUGAUUGGAAUCUGUUGUCUCCCUGCCUGCAGGAAUACCACGACAACAUCGGCGACAUAGACGGCCCCGAGGAGAAGGAACGGGCCCAGUCGAGAAUUCAGAGGUUCAUCUCCGCAUUCCAAGUCUAA